CAAACACUUCUGCCUCUGUCUUCUAUUCUAUGUAUCUUCACUGCGAUCACUCGUUUUCCCUUCUUCACUACCUAUCUUCUGCUUCUCGAUUGUCUCGUUCCCCUGCAGCGGCCACCAACGACGAAACCACCUGUAAGUCUCUCUCUCUUUGAUAUAAGUUAUUAGCCUGGAAAUGGCGAAUGUGGCUCCUCAAGUAGUAUUGACAGUGAUCCGUUUGAAACGAACAAGAAACAAAAGCCAAACAGUGUUGAGUAUGCUGCUUCUGCCUCCUGCUCUGCACAUUCUAGCUCCCAGCCCCUGCCAUGGGGAGAGUACGAGGUGUUUCUGAAUUUCAGAGGUCCAGACACUCGUUAUCAGAUCACCGAUAUCCUGUACCGGUUUCUGGUGAACUUGAAAAUCCGCACGUUCAGGGACGAUGAUGAGCUCCGAAAAGGGGAAGAGAUCUGGCCCAAUCUUGCCGAGGCUAUCGAGCAGUCUAAGGUCUAUGUCCCUAUCUUCUCCGAGAAUUAUGCUGAUAGCAAAUGGUGCCUCAGGAGCUUGCAGCAAUUGUCGAACGCCAAGGGAGAAACCGGGGCUGCAUCAUUCUCCCCAUUUUCUAUAUGGUGGAUCCCAGAGACGUACGGCAUCAGAGUGGACCUUACCGGAAUGCAUUUCGACAACACGAGCAGAAUGUUGAUGAAGAGACCAUAAGAAUUUGGAAAGAUGCUCUCAAUAAGGUUGGGGCUCUGAAAGGAUGGCAUGUCAAAAGCAAUGACGAGUAUGUAUUACCUUACUCUUGCCUCUUAGUAUAUUCUUUCACCAAGUUACUUAUUGUUAGAUUGGGAACUAGUUUCGCGUCUUGCUCCUGGUAUUAGUGUCUUCUAUAGUGUGGUUGCUAUAAUUGCAAGUCAUAUUUUCCCAGGCAGGGGGCUAUAGCAGAUCUUGUUACUGGCGUCGUGUGGUCACAUCUAACUAAGAACAAUAAUGUCUUAGAGAUCGAUAAGUUGAUUGGAAUUGAUGAUCACGUAGAAGCAGUAAAAGAAAGUAUGGCUCUAGACUCUCCUUGUAUGAAAAUCGUUGGCAUUUACGGUAUGGGUGGUAUUGGCAAGACUACUAUCGCCAAGGCUGUAUAUAACAACGUAUCUGCUCAAUUUGAUCGAUGUAGCUUUGUCGAGAACGUACGAGAAAUGCUAGAACAAAAGGAUGGUGUCAUCACUUUGCAGAAGCAUAUCGUCUCUAACAUUUUGAUGGUGAACAUUGCUGAAUCCAUUGUCAACAACAGUGAAGGAAUCAGAGCUAUAAGAGAUAGAGUUUCUCGGUUCAAAUUUCUUGUUGUUCUUGAUGACGUGGAUGAGACGUUUGAAUUUGAGAAGAUCUUGGGAAACAUGGAGAAUUUUGUUUCGGGAAGCAGAUUCAUCUUUACGUCUAGAAACAUAAAAGUAUUGAGUAUGUUGGCUGAUGAUAUCAAGUUAUAUAGAGUACAAGAAAUGAGUCAUCAGCACUCACUCCAACUCUUCUGCAACUAUGCAUUCAAAAAGGAUAUUCCUCCAUCAAAUUAUGAGACUUUGUCCAAUGAUAUCGUAUCGGUUGCAGCAGGACUUCCAUUGACACUUAAAGUUGUGGGUUCACUUUUAUUUCAAGAAGAGGAAGAGAUUUGGAGAGACAAACUGAAGCAGUUAAAAGAGAUUCCAGAGCAGAAGGUUGUAGAUAGGUUAAAGAUAAGCUACGAUACAUUAAAUGAAGAGGCGAAGCGGAUUUUCUUGGACAUUGCUUGUUUCUUUGUUGGAGAGGACAAAGAGAUCGCUUUCUAUAUGUGGAGUGAUCUUGGCUUUUUUCCGACAACUAAUAUUAAUAUCCUCAAUCAAAGGUCUAUGAUCGGAAUUGUGGUUGCAGGUUCUAGAAAAAAACUAAUUUUCCAAAUGCAUGAUCAACUCAGAGAUAUCGGUAGAGAAAUUGUACGCCAAGAAAACAGAAGGCAUCCAUGGAAGACAAGUAGGAUAUGGUCGAAGGAGAAAGCUCUGAACGUGUUACUUAACAAAAAGGGAACAAACCAAGUUGAGGGCAUCAUAAUGCGCUACAAUAAUUUUGAAAUCUUAAAGAACCUAAAUAUGGAGGAGCUUGGAACGAUUUCUAAAGAGUGCUUCAUGAAUUUAUCAGAGUUGAGAUACUUGGACAUAAAUGUUAGUGUGCUCAUUGACGACUUUGGUGAUUACAUUCCGAAUUUAAGAUGGCUUCGAUUGAGGAAUGGACCUUCCGAUAACUUUAAUGUGGAAAAUUUGGUGAUUCUUGAAGUCUCAAGCUUCUCAUGUACGAGAGUCGACUCGGGAGGCUUGAAGCAAAUCAAGAUGGCGAGCAAGCUCAAAGUUCUGAAGCUUUCUGGUUACUGGCUGAACGAAUUUCCCCAGUUCCCACAUUCUGGGAGCCUUGAGAUAUUAGAACUGGUUGAUUCCUUCCACCAUCCGUUGAUCCGUAAGGACCUGGACAUUGGGAAUUUGUGGAACCUAAAAGAGCUGCGUCUGGGGGAAUGCGGAGUAAGAGAAAUAACGGGCGGAAGAAUUGGGAUGAUGCCAUGGGAGAACCUGAAGGUGCUAUAUCUGGACGAUUGUGAGGUAAGAGAGAUAACAGGCGGAACCCUUGGGACGAUGCCGUUGGAAAACAUGAAGGCGAUGCAUCUUCUUCCAUCAUCUCUAACCUCACUCUUCAUUAUCAAGUGUCCAAAGCUGGAGUGGCUCCCCAAUUUAGAGAAUCUGGUGAACUUGACUGGCUUACAUAUCCAUGGCUGUCCGGUCCUGAAGGAGAUCCUUGGUCUCCAAGGACUGAAAUCCUUGGAAACUCUGAGCCUGAGUUGUCUGGAAGCUGUGCGCAGCGUGGACGGUCUUGACAGUCCCUACUCUUUGAAAUCCAUACAAAUUAACGCUUGUUCGGCGUUGGAAAGACUCGCCAGCACGGCAUCUUUGAGCCAGAGACUUUGUAUAAGUAUCCGUAACUGCCCUUGUCUCACAGAAAUCCUUGGCCUUGGAGGGCUGCAGCCAUGGGAAACACUUCACCUUCAUGAUGUACUGAGGUUAAGGCGUCUCCACGGUUUUGAAACUGUCCCGCCUCUGAUCAUGUUAGGAGGUGUAGUUAUACGCAACUGCCCUCUUCUCACAUCACUAGCACAGGAAGAUAGGCCUUUGCAACUGAAUGGCUAAAGGCUCAAAAGCAGAUAUUCGCCUGGGCAUCAAAGCAUUUGGAGUACUUCCAAGGAUGAAGCCUCGUUGUGUCAAGCGAUGUUGUUUCGCGAGCGUAGACGGUGUUCUGAAUUAGGUGGCUGGAGUCGUGUUUCGAAUUGGGAGUCCACAGUGUCCAAUUCAUUCUGACGUUUGAGCAAUUCAAGUUUGGUGGGCAUUCUGCAUCAGACCAUAUGCUGAUCUGUGGUGGAAAUUGGGAAACAGAGUACAGAACAGGGGUAAACAGAGGCAACACCACGUGUCCCUUUCCAUCCAAUCCUUCAUCUUCUUCUUCCCUUCUCCCUCCCUUUUCUUCUUCGAUCUUGCUCUCUCUCUCUCGCUCCCUCACUCCAAGAAUGGAUCCCUUGCGUGGAUUGCAACACCACGGCGGCUGCACCGCUGCCUCGCCCAGACUCCACCUCUCCGAUCACCGUUCUCAGUCCCUCCACCGCCGCUGUCAUCGUUCUUCGAGCACUCAUUUCCUCCGCACUCACAGGAUCUCAUUCCCUCUCCGUCACCACCACGUCCUUCUCCCGAGAAUCGCUUGCCGCGUUUCUCCUCCUGAAACCAGGGAUGAAGAGAGGAUGGACAAAUCCAAGUCGAGACAGAAAGUGCAGCUCAAUAUUCGUCUCGAUCACCAAGUUAAAUUUGGUGAGAAUGUAGUCAUUUUGGGAUCAGCCAAAGAGCUAGGUUCGUGGAAAAAGAAUGUGGCAUUGAAUUGGACGGAAGGUGGAUGGGUGUGCAAUUUGGAGUUGGACGGUGGUCAGUCUAUUGAGUAUAAGUUUGUUGUUGUGAACAAGGACAAGCGGACUUCGUGGGAAGGUGGUGAUAAUCGGAGGCUGAAUUUGCCCAACGAGGGGAGUUAUGAGAUGGUAUGUAGGUGGAAUGCAACUGGGGAAGGUAUUGAACUGUUGCCUGCUGGAUCGGAGCAGAAGCAGGACAGAACAGAGAAAAUAGGCUUUGAUGGACCUAGCAGUGCUCCUCCCACGCAUGAUGGUGAGCUGAGCCCUUUUGUUGGGCAAUGGCAGGGAAAGGCUGCAUCAUUCAUGAGGUCCAAUGAACAUAGGGACAGGGAAGGUGAUAGGAGAUGGGAUACUUCUGGUCUUGAGGGAUUGUCUCUAAAGUUAGUCGAAGGCGAUCGGAGUGCAAGGAAUUGGUGGAAAAAGCUUGAAGUUGUCCGGGAGCUGAUAGUUGGAAGUCUUGAAAGUGGGGAUCGUAUGGAUGCUCUCAUAUACUCUGCUAUCUAUCUUAAGUGGAUUAAUACAGGACAAAUUCCUUGCCUUGAAGAUGGAGGACAUCACAGGCCAAAUCACCAUGCUGAAAUCUCUAGGCAAAUAUUUCGGGAGUUGGAAAGAAUAUCUAGUAGAAAGGAUACUUCUCCACAGGAAGUGCUUGUUAUUCGGAAGAUCCAUCCUUGUUUGCCAUCAUUUAAGGCAGAAUUUACAGCAACGGUUCCUCUAACUCGCAUUAGGGACAUUGCUCAUCGAAAUGACAUCCCUCAUGACCUUAAGCAAGAAAUCAAACACACGAUUCAAAACAAGCUUCAUAGGAAUGCCGGGCCAGAAGAUCUAGUUGCAACGGAGGCAAUGCUUGCAAGAAUCACCAAGAACCCUGGAGAGUACAAUGGGGCAUUCGUGGAACAAUUCAAGAUUUUCCAUCAGGAGCUUAAGGAUUUCUUCAAUGCUGGAAGUCUUACUGAGCAGCUUGACUCAGUUAGAGACAGCUUUGAUUCUAAGAGUCUUUCUGCUCUCACAUUGUUUUUGGAUCGCAAAAAGGUUUGUUGUGCUAUUAACUUGGAUGCUUCAAAACGGUCGACCAACAUUAGCGAAUUGAUUGAGACCAUGCAGUCUCUGAAUGGUCUUAGAGAUAUGAUUGGAAAGGGUCUUGAAAGUGGUCUCAGGAAUGAUGCCUCUGAUGCUGCUAUAGCUAUGCGUCAAAAGUGGCGUCUUUGCGAAAUUGGCCUAGAAGACUACUCUUUUGUACUGUUGAGCAGAUUCAUCAACGAACUUGAAUCAAAGGGAGGGGCUAAGUGGCUUACUGACAAUGCAGAAUCAAAGAAUGUCAGCUCUUGGAACGAUCCACUUUCUUCCUUGAUUAUUGGUGUUCAUCAACUGGCCUUAUCUGGAUGGAAACCAAAAGAAUGUACAGCCAUUGAAAAUGAACUCCUUGCAUGGCAAGAGAGAGGUCUCUCUGAGAAGGAAGGAGCUGAAGAUGGCAAAAUGAUUUGGGCACUGAGGCUCAAAGCAACUCUCGAUAGAGCAAGAAGAUUGACCGAGGAAUACUCAGAAUCACUUCUUCAGAUCUUUCCGCCAAAAGUGCAGAUUUUAGGCAAAGGACUUGGAAUUCCAGACAAUAGUGUGAGGACAUACACUGAGGCUGAGAUUCGAGCUGGGGUAGUAUUCCAAGUGUCCAAACUCUGUACAGUGCUUUUGAAAGCAGUCAGAAAUACUCUUGGGUCCCAGGGUUGGGAUGUUCUUGUUCCUGGGGCUGCUGUUGGCACAUUAGUUCAGGUCGAAAGCAUCGUACCCGGAUCAUUGCCCCCAAGUGCAAAAGGACCCAUAAUUCUUGUGGUCAACAAGGCUGAUGGGGAUGAAGAGGUCACAGCUGCCGGAAGCAACAUAGUAGGAGUCGUGCUUCUGCAAGAGCUGCCUCACUUAUCUCAUCUCGGCGUUAGAGCCCGCCAGGAAAAAGUUGCCUUUGUAACAUGUGAAGAUGAUGACAGACUUGUUGAUAUACAAAAACUCCUUGGGAAACUUGUGAGGCUGGAAGCAUCUUCAAGCGGUGUGAACCUAACCCAGACCUCAUCAAAUGAGAUCACUUACAAUUCUACUGCCGAAGAUAUUGCAGGCAAUGGAUCAUCUGCAGUUAGAAAAACUGAGCUUCAAGACCCUACCAUUAAACCCUCUUCACCGAACCAGUCAUCAAAGGGUGCAUCUGCUGGAGGCGUCAUAUUGCUCGCCAAUGCAAACCCACUUACCUCUGGUGCAAAGGCGGCUUCAUGUGGUCUUUUAGCUUCAUUAUCUGCCGUUUCAAGUGAGGUUUCCAAUGACCAUGGGGUAUCAGCUUCAUUCCAAGUCCCGACCGGUGUAGUCAUCCCUUUCGGUUCGAUGGAGAGGGCACUCGAACGAUCCAAUUCGACCGAAACUUUCAAGUCUCUCCUACAACAGGUAGAAGAAGCUAAGCUGGAAGGUGGCCAACUUGACAAACUCUGCACCCAACUCCAGGAGUUGAUUAGUUCCCUGCAGCCCCCAAAUGAAGUCAUGGAUGCCAUCAGCCAAACAUUCCCGGGAAACGCCCGUCUGAUCGUACGGUCAAGUGCCAACGUGGAAGACUUGGCCGGAAUGUCUGCAGCAGGACUCUACGAUUCCAUCCCCAAUGUCAGUCCGUCGAACCCAACAGUUUUCGGCGGAGCAGUGAGUCGAGUGUGGGCUUCCUUGUACACGAGGAGAGCGAUUCUGAGCCGCAGAGCAGCUGGCGUGCCUCAGAAGGAUGCCACCAUGGCCGUUCUGGUACAAGAGAUGCUAUCGCCGGAACUCUCCUUCGUGCUCCACACGCUCAGUCCAACCGAUAACGACAGCAACUCGGUCGAGGCCGAGAUUGCUUCGGGACUGGGCGAGACCCUGGCGUCCGGCACUAGGGGAACUCCAUGGCGUAUGUGCUGUGGCAAGCUGGAUAAGUCUGUAAAGACCUUAGCAUUUGCGAAUUUCAGCGAUGAAAUGGUGGUGGGCGGCGCAUCAUCGCCUGCAGAUGGUGAAGUGGUUCAUCUGACGGUGGACUACAGCAAGAAGGCACUGACGGUCGACUCGAUGUUCCGUAACCAGAUCGGUCAGCGGCUCGGUGCGAUCGGGUGGUUCCUCGAGGGCAAGUUCGGUGGACCACAGGAUGUUGAAGGGUGCAUUGUUGGAGAAGAUGUCUACAUCGUGCAAACGCGGCCACAGCCUCACUAGUUUCGCUUCUUUUAGAUCCAGACUCUAAUAAUGUGCUCGCUCGCAGCACCUGGAAGAACAUGUUCUUCCAUGGCUGCCGCAAAGUGCUCGCUCGAAUAACCGAACACUUCAAUCAGUAACCAUAACAAAAGCAUUUAGCUCUGCAACUAGGUACAUUAUACAUGCUUAUUGCCCUCAUAUCCUACAUUCUCCAGUAUCUAUUAAACUCCAGCAAAGUUCGAAAAGACGGAACAACUUUCCCAGCAAGAGGAAAACUAUAAGCUUUCGGGGGUUGAACUACGGGCUAAAACGUUAAACGAAGACUCUGGGUGUAGUCCCGGAAGGAGGCUUGACAUCAACCUCCUUCAGCACAGUCUGAAGCCCCUUCCCUGCCCCGUUCGCAAGCGGAUGCCUCCCCAUCGCCAGCCCUUCAAUGUCCUUCCUCUUCUCCUUCUCCGCCGCAAAGGAUACCUUGUACCUCUUCUCCACAUCCAGGGCGAGUUCAUCGUACAGCUGGCCUUCGCGAGUGAGCGCGAACAUGAUCUGGGGGAUCCCGAGCGGGAGGUUAUCGCCACGAUCCACCUGCCAGAAGUGGAUGGUCUUGCCGUAUGUCUUGGCCACCUUCUCCAUGUCCUGACGCUCCACGGGGCCCGGAAUCCCGGGCAUGAACAGGUACCCUCCUUUCACCUCAUAGUCGUGGGAGUGCCACAUCGGCUUCUCCUCGUCCGGCAGCGUGUCGAACAGCGUCUCGGUCACGAUGUACUCGAUUCCGAUCAGCCGAGCAUCCGGUUCGGGGCUGUUGUAGAUCAAGCACUGCCUCACUUCCUCGUUGAGGUGGCCGCAGAAGUGGUGGGCCUCCACCUGCCUCGUCAUGUCGUGGCUGUAGAAGUGAAACGCGCAGAGGUGCUGGUGGAUGUGGCUGAUGGGGCCGAAUCGCUGGAUGGAGGCGGUCGCCUUCUCGAGCAAGGACGUCGUCGUGGCCGUCGGAUCGCCGGGGACUUCUGGAUGCUGCGACAUGGUAAUUUGAUGAAAUGGAUAAAAUCGAAGCUUUUCUCGAUCUGACGACGAACUCUGUGGUUUCGGGUUUUUGUAUGAUGGACAGGAAAAGAGAGAGGGAAUGAGUCAAGU